AUGUCUAUCCACAACUACGUCAAGUCGAGGGUCCCCAUCACCGACCUGUCGAACUACUCUCUUAGUCUUAACGACAACAUCCCAACGUACAAUGCUGCGCUUGCCAUGGCACCCCGUUUGAACCUGCCUUCGCUUCCAAAGCUGUCGCUACCGGUCCCCCAACCCCGCCAGCUUGAACACCACAUGGCACCAGGGUCCAAGUUCGACCUGUUGAUCCAGACGGCGGCCAUGCAGAGCGUCCAAACACAACCGCAAACGUCGCCCAACUACGUGCUGGCCCCUAAAGCCGCGGCAACCUCGCCGAAACUCGAGAUCUCCAACGUGGUGAUCGAAACAACCCCUAACGAAUCCUCGCCGUCUCCUCCGCCAGUCACACCAAUAAACCUCACCUCCAUCAAGCUGGCCUCGCCGUCCACGGCGUCCAAGAGACAGAGAUCCGGCCCUUCGUGCGACUGUUGUCGCUCGCGCAAAAUCAAGUGCGACUCCGAGAUCUUUGUGCUCGCAGAUCUGCCAAAAAUAACCUCCCAGGUGCCUCCGCAGGUGUCUGAGAUCGCCAACUGCAACUUCUUGUACGAGGACGAGCACCGCUACCAGUACUUCCAAAUAGACACCGACCAGUAUCAGAAUCAGCGGUUCAACAGCAAGCUCAGCCAGUUCAAGUACCUCAAGUUCCGGCCGUGCUCCGCGUGCAGCUCGAAAAAACUCACCUGCUGUUUCUCCAAGGGCUUCACGAGAAACGACAUUAUCAAGUUCAACAAGUCAGAGCGCAUGCAUCACACCCCAGAAAGAGAGGACGUAAAGGAGGACCCGGUGUUUCCUAUCGUCAUGGACACGAACUUUGGAAAACACCCAAAGAAAACCUCGUGUAACACUUGCAGGUACAAGAAAAUCAAAUGCAUCAAACUGGAGGGUAGCUCGUCUUCAGAUUGUGUGAGCUGUGCGAAAAAACAUCUGGAAUGCGCAUACGCCUAG